AAAUCCAUGCAAGUUCAAUUCCCUCAUUCAAAAACAUUUCUUGCCUUCUCUUAGUACGUGGAUCCCACAUAAUAAGAAGCAAAAUUCAGGGGAGAGAAUACGAUGUCCCGACCUAACAUGGCCCGCUCUUACGAGGAUUUCCAGCCGUCUUUUGAUUGGAAACAGGAGGAUGGAUCUGAUAUCCUCGUCGUCAAUCUUCCCGGAUUCAAGAAAGAGCAGCUAAAAGUCCAGCUCAACAACUUAGGGAAGUUGACGGUAAAUGGCGAACGCCCGGUCGGUAGCAACAAAUGGAGCCGCUUCCGCAAGGACUUCCAAGUGCCUGAGAACUCUAAUGUGAAUGAAAUCCGUGCGAGGUACGAAAAUGGAGCUCUCUAUGUGACCAUGCCAAAAUUGGCCGCUCGAGCAAGAAAACAAGCCCAGCCUGUGACAGGUAAAGAGCCCAUGGAAGGCCCAAAAACCGCAGAUAGGCCGAAACCGACUAAAGACCUCCAAGGAGAUGCUUCAACCGUUGAUGCCGAAAAAAAAUCAAAUGGGAAGACUAGUGACGCCAUGAUGGAGAAACGACCGAGUGGGAAGAGUAAGGUGUUUGAAGAAGUGGACCUUGGCCCAGGAAAGACUACGAAUGGGCCUAUGGAUGCUGGAAAGCGUACGGAUGUUACUAAGGAGAAAGAAGAGGAGAAGAAGCCCAUUGAUGCCCCGAAAACGGCGGAUGGGUCAACAGAAGCUGAGCCAUCCACCUGGCGGUAUAUGCCGGAAAGUUGGAAGCGCGGUGGAGGCAGUUAUGUUUAUGGAUUGAACAGGCCCAAGAAAAUGGUUGUGGGUGUGGUGGUGGCUAUUGUGGCUCUGGUGGCACUUGGGAUUUAUGUAGCAUUCAAUCUUAGAUCCCAAGAGGAAAAUGGGAACUGAAAAUGAUAUUAUGUUUUCACUGUUGAAGUUGUUUAUUAAUUGGAUUGUAAUUUGUGAUGAAUGGUCAAGAUUUAAAUAAACUCCACACAUUAAAGUGGGCUUUUUCUAUUUUA